CAUCCUAUGAAUCGUGUUUCCGUGUAUCCGCAAUAUAAACGUUCCCGAAGAAUUUCACGCUUCGCGUUCUAGUGGCAGGAGUCAUGAGUGACGACAGGAUGGAGGAAAGGCUUCUUGGUACAGAAGCAAAAGACAAAGGUAGUCUAUUUGGGAAGGUCUGGGCGGAGUCAAAAAAAAUAUGGAGAGUUACCUUCCCAGCAAUGUUGGCCAGAGUGACUACUUAUGGAGUCUUUGUAGUGACGCAAGCAUUCGUGGGGCACAUCAGUGAUACAGAGCUCGCCGCUUAUGCGCUCAUUCAAAUCAUCGGCCUGCGAUUUGCCAACGGAAUAAUUUUGGGCAUGUCAAGUGCAACUGAAACAUUAUGCGGGCAAGCAUUUGGUGCAGAGCAAUACCACAUGUUAGGCAUUUACUUGCAAAGAUCUUGGAUCAUCAAUCUGGUCACGGCAACCAUCUUGGUCCCGUUCUUUGUCUAUAGCUCGUCCAUUUUCAAGCUUCUUGGUAUAGAAGAUGACGUAGCUGAAGCCGCUGGGAACAUUGCCCUGUGGUUCAUCCCGAUCAUCUACUACUAUGUCUUCUUCUUUACCAUCCAAAUGUUCUUACAGAGCCAGCUCAAGAACGCCAUCAUAGGAUGGCUCUGCACCAUCUCAUUCGCAAUUCAUGUCUUGUUGUCUUGGCUCUUUGUGUACGUACUUGAUUGGGGAAUCCCAGGAGCAAUGAGUGCGCUGAUAAUAUCAAAUUGGUUAGGGGUGAUUGGGGAGUUUGUUUACAUGUUUGGAGGCUGGUGCGAAAGUACUUGGACGGGUUUCACCUGGGCUGCAUUUGCCGAUUUAUGGCCCGUCAUAAAGCUUUCCGUGUCCUCUGGCAUUAUGCUGUGCUUGGAAUUAUGGUACACUAGUGUCUUAGUCCUCUUGGCAGGAUACAUGACAAAUGCCACUGCUGCAAUAUCUGCCUUCUCGAUUUGCCUCAACAUCUCGGGUUGGGAGCUCAUGAUAUGCCUCGGUUUCCUAACUGGAGCUAGUGUAAGGGUUUCCAAUGAAUUGGGCCAAGGAAAUGCAAAAGCAGCAGUGUUCGCCAUUAAAGUCAUCUUGGGCACCUCAAUUAGCAUUGGAGUUGUCUUUUGGAUCUUGUGCCUAGUUUUCGGUCGACAGAUUGCCUACAUAUUCACAAGUGAGGAAGACGUCGCGGAAGAGGUUUCAAGCCUCUCAGUUCUCCUUGCCUUCUCUAUUUUACUCAACAGUGUUCAGCCAGUGCUCUCAGGUGCAGCGGUAGGUUCUGGGACACAAAGUGUGGUUGCCUAUGUUAACAUGUGCUCCUAUUAUGUGAUCGGAGUGCCUCUAGGAGUCGUGCUUGUGUACGUCGCCAAGUUGGAAAUUCAGGGUAUAUGGAUAGGAAUGAUAAUCGGAGUCGCAACUCAGACAGCAGUGCUUAGUUUCAUUACUUACAGAAUGAACUGGGACAAGCAGGUGAACAAAGCAAAAGAAAAGCUCCAUAGGUUGUUCUUGGAAAGAUCCGAAGACCACGGUGAGAGCUCUACCACUCUGAACAGCUGAACGGAUGGUAAAAACUGAAGAGCAUGUGGUUUCAUCCCAGUUUAGGUUUUUGGAUGAGAACAAGUUGCUUCGUCUUGUUCUCUCUUUUUCAACCCCUGUUAUGACAGCCACUGAAUAAAUUGAUCCAAUCCCUAUCCGAUUGAUGAAGCUUUCCCACCCCAUUUGUCAGUGAUUGGAAAAAAUUUAUUGUUGAAGAUGGAAAGCGUUCAUACUUCAGCGGCCUUCAUUUAGUA